UUUAAUCUCCACGUUCCAGAGCCACGGGACUUCGGGCGGCAACAGCAGGCGGCGGUAGCGCGCUGCACGUGGCGUCCGCACAGGUGCGGGCACAGCCUGUCAGAGACACCUCCCCUGCCCCAUCACCCCAGCUGGGCCGGUCUCUCGCGAUUGUCCCAGGGGGUCGUCCCCCCCCCCUCUCUCUCUCCCCCGCUGUGCAGUGGGGCACACGAGUCGCGUGGAGGUGCUGUGUCCCCACGCACCGAUCGCGUGAGGUCGCGGCACACAACAACAACAACUGCUGCUGUAAGGUGGCGGAGUGUUGGGUGUUGGUGGUGGGGGUGGAACAACCCCGGAAGUUUGGGGCUUCAUCUGGACCACCCCCCACACACACACACUUUUGGUGACAGGAUCGGUGGAGGGGGGGGGUCAGUUGCCGCUGGUGCGCGACAGUGGGUCACGCCGGUGGUGUCUCAAGUGACAAAACCACCGCGGCGACGUCAACAAAAUCCGAGUCGAGAUUGCGGACAGCGGGCGGGUGGGGUGGGGGGUUGGCAGAUCGUCGUCGUCGACGAGGGCGACCGUUCCUGUCGCGAGUUUGUCCUCACCCGUUGGAAGUCGCGGCUUGAGAUGAAGCACUCAGCCGCUGGGAUUUACUGAGUUUCGCCGGUGCCGGCACUGCCAAGGUACGUUCAAGGUGCGCGGGACAUGCUGGUGCCCUGGCGGCGGAGGCACGACCGUCCGGGCGGGAUCGCAGACCGCUCUCGCUGACAUGACCAGGGACGAGAGAGAGGCAGCAGCUCAGCUGGCCCGAGAGGCUGUCGCUAUUGUGGCCAAGUACGACAAGGGCCGCGAGGACGGAGUGGAAAUCGACCCGUGGGAAGAUGCCGACUUCCGGAUCUAUAGAGUCACCGAUCGCUUUGGAUUCCUCCACAACGAAGACCUACCAGUUCCAGAUGCACUGGAGGAGAAGCAAAAGCUGUUGGAGAUCGAGCGGACAAACAAGUGGCUGAAAAUGCUCAAGACCUGGGACAAGUACCGGAACAGCGACAAGCUGUCCCGGAGGGUGUACAAGGGUGUUCCGCUGCAGCUCAGAGGAAAGUUGUGGUUGCUGCUGCUAGAGGUGACACGUGCUCACUCCGACAACAAAGGCGUCUACGAGAGGAUGCGGAGGCAGGCACGGGAGCGCUCUCCCGACCUUCGGCAAAUUGACCUCGACGUCAACCGGACGUUCCGCAACCACAUCAUGUUCCGCGAGCGCUACGGGGUCAAGCAGCAAGAACUUUUCCACGUGCUGGCGGCGUACUCCGUUUACAAUUCGGACGUGGGCUACUGCCAGGGCAUGAGCCAGGUCGGCGCGCUGCUGCUGAUGUUCCUUGGGGAGGAGGAUGCCUUCUGGGCCCUCGUCCGUCUCAUGAGCAGCAACAGGCACACCAUGCAGGGUCUCUUCAUGCCAGGGUUUCCCAAGCUCCUUCGGUUUCAGGAGCACCACGACCGCAUCCUGAAGAAGCUCCUGCCCAAGCUCAAGAAGCACCUCGACUCGGAGGAGAUGUACACGACUCUCUACAGCACCAAGUGGUUCCUGCAGUGCUUCCUCGACAGAACCCCGUUCACGCUGGCGCUGCGGCUCUGGGACGCUUAUAUCCUGGAGGGCGACCGCGUCAUGACAGCGAUGGCCUACACGACGCUCAAGCUGCACAAGAAGCGGCUGAUGACCAUGGGCAUGGAGGACCUCAUGGAGUACCUGCAGGACAGCCUGACGCAAGACUUCAUGUACGAAGACGACUUUGUCCUGGACCAGCUGCAGCUGUCGGUGACGGAGCUGCGCCGGAUGAAACUCGACGUCCCUCCCCCAGGUAAAGUGGAAGACGGGUCGAUUAAGUCGCGUCAGAAGGACGGCACGCAGCCGUCGAGCGACUCGGUGAGACGAGAAGAAAAUGGGAAGAGCAAGUCCGUGAAGGCAUCGUCUCGACAGCCCCGCAGUCCCUCUGCGCAAAAAGAGGGGCCUUUGGAGAAGAGGUUGAGCAAACAGAAAUCCGCGCGUGGAAAACCAAACAAACCGCCUGGUCAGCGCCAGGAGGAGGCCUCGGAGGAAGCGACCGCGAACAAGGCGUCGGCGGGCGACAGGCCGCCCAGGGAGCACACGGCGGCGUCGAGAACAAACCGCGACCGGAGCGACGAACGUGCGCCGGAGCCCGCGGCCAAAAAGCCGGCGGAGAGCUUCGUCAUGCGAUCCUUCCGGCGCCGGAAGCCUAGCGCCACACAGAGGGAGAACGGCGCGCAGGAUAUGGGGCCAGGAGCAGCAGCAGGAGGAGGAGAACAAGAUGCCAAAAACGCCGACUUCGUUGCCCCCAGCUGGAAGAAGCCCGUGGCCGGAAGCGCCGGCACGCGAGGUCCUGGGGCGCGCUCCGGGCCGGAGAACGGCGCGGUCGUGAACGGGAGGCCGCCUGCCGGUGGCGGCGCGUCCACCGCGAGGCAGCCCCUGCACCCCAGGGCGGUGGUGUCCGUCGACUCAAUCCGUCGGCAGAAGGAGCAGCGCAAGGAUAACGUCUCCUAUUACGACAAUUUGACGGAGGGCGAGGCGGCCGUUAUAGACAAGCGGCGAGCGCGCAUUUACUCCAGCGAUUGGUCCGUGAACGAUGACCUACACGAGGGAGAAGGAGACAGGAAAGAGAACCGGCUGUCUGGACAUUACGGGAGAGAGGCCCAGCCCGUGGAUGCCAGUCCUGAAAAUCAUCACGCUCCGCGUAACACGUGGAUGCAGAAUGGGGAUGACCUCUUCCCAGGGAGUUCUCGCAGGAGGCAGCCACCGCCGUAUGAGAAAGCAUCCUUAGCACCCUUCGCAGGCAGUGAGAACAUGCCAACGAGUCCACGGUUAGCCUCGGGCGACUUAACUCUCCCAGGAGCUCAGUGGAAUUCAAAUAGUAAUUUAGCCGUUCAUCAGGAAGGCCCCUUGCAAAGGCCACAGGUGAUUUCAAAUGGUCCUUCGAGCCCCAGGUCACCUGGAAUGUAUGGGAAAACAGCUUACGCUGAAUACCCAGACAGCACCCUGGCAGGUAACCAGCGAACCAGCAGACCGCCUCCUUCCUAUCCACACCAACAUCACCAAUACCCCCAAUACCACAAUCCACAGACAUCUGUCAGACAUCCGCCGGCAUAUAAGGACGCGCGAGGCGUGCAAGGCGCAGCCAAUCAGGUACCCUACAACCACGCCGACAUCAUUACCCCUGCGGGCUCCACAUCCAACCUGCGGCCCCAAGGGCGGCAACUGCCGAUCUACCAAACACCGCCGGGUUACCACACCAAGGAGGCGAUACCGCGGGAUCUGGCGCCGCCACCGCCUUCGGAUUCGACCGUCACCUCCGCCGCCGUAGCCGUGGGGGGAACUCGCCAGUCCAAGCAGGACAACAUCUCCUCGUACAUGGCAGCGGCGGCGGCGUCGGCGUCACGAUCGCCACGGGAAUUUCCCCUGCCACCGGCGGGCGCACUCGCGGACAAUCGUCAACCCCCGUCUCUCCGGUACUCACGGCACAUGGCGGCACGCUCCCCGACCGGGGGGCCGCCCAUGUUCCACCAGCCGCAGCCGCAGCAGCAGCAGCAGCAGCCGCUCGUCGCUCACGGCGCCCGGGGCCAGCGGCCGCGUCUCGCCGACGCCCCGCGGUCUCCCGGCGUCGAUCAGCGGGCAUGGGGGGGCGGCGGUGGCGGCGCGGGGUUCUACCAGCCUCCGCCAAGCCCGCAGAGGCCACCGCCGUUGCCUUGGGCGCACGAGCAGGGUCGACGCGGCCCGGCACAAAGAAAGGCCGUGCCUGCCCGUAACUCGGCAGAGCCGAUCGCCGUCAAGUCCGCGGGCUCUGUUGAAUCCCUGCUGAUAUAGAGCGACAACGUGCAGUUUGCCCGCGGUAGAGGUGUUUUUGUUUUGUUAAAGCAACGUUUGUGGCAAGAGUCGCCACCUUUUUGAGGUACAAAAAGAAAACUGGUACAUACCAUAGGAAGGGGGUGGUUUUUCUCAAUACCGAAAGGGAGAACUAUAAUACAUAAAUGCAUUGUCUUGAGUGGUGCAUUAUUACACAGCUGAAGACUUUGCCCGAUUUCCCAAGACGACUACCUCAGUAAGAGGAUGUCCUGGGAAAACCAGGACAGAAAAACCAGGAUAGGUGGCAACCCUCCUGUGUGUAUGUGCCUUGCAGAAGUUGUGGCUGCCCUGUGGUCUGUUUGAAAGUGACUUUGUGCUGAGGGAUUUCUGCUGCUUCAGAUAUCAGUUCGUUUGGCUCUGCUGCGGAUAACAAUGGUGGGGGUUUUUUAAAUUCAAAUUCGCGGUGACUCAUUCGCUUGGAACGACAAACGCAGCGAUUGGAGGGAGAGGGUGGGGGGCUAUGACGUCAUCACGAAAGUGUUAAAUAUCCCACGAAGCCUGGUGUCCCUGACUAACUUGGGAUUAAGAAAAGAGACUCCGAAAUUAACCCGUGUUUUAAAUUUUUAUCUGGACACGUGAAUGUCACGUGUGAAACGCGGGUAACACGUGUAAAUUGAAGAGUUUAUUUUUAAAUACUUUUGUAAAAUGUUGGAAAUAAAAUGUAAAAAUUUGCAUUUUGUUUACAUUAUAGUUAACCUGUGGUCUGUUUUGGAGAGAGAAAAAACACUUUUUAAACUCUAAAAUAAUCAUUGUUUUAAAUUUUGGAAUGGGUGUAAAAAGAUUGUAUUUUUCACGUACUACCUGUGUACACUGGAAUUGUGCAUAAACUGUAUUUAUUGUAUAAUACUAUAUGCAAAUGAUAACAAUUGUGUCACUUUCUGCUAAAGUUUCUAACUUGCACAUCAUUUACGGUGCAGCAGUGGCUGAAUUUAUUUUUGCAAAAUAAUAAGUUGAUUGUACGUAUUACCGUCGCUACGUUUGACUCUCGUUAAUGGUUAUCAGUUACUCCAGGGUUUUUUUUCCAAACUGUUGGAUACAUUUCCAUCAUCGGACGUGUUCCAUUUCAAAAGAGAUGUCUAGAAUAUUCAACAAGAAUGUUUUUUUUUUUCUAUCAAGCCUAUGUGCAACCUUCAUAAUUGUUAAAAUAUAAAGCGUGUACAAUUACAA